AUGACUUCCAGUAAUGAAUUUCCAACCCCAACAAGACUAUUGUUGGUAGAAGGCAAAGACGACAAGCGAUUUCUCGAGGCGCUGGCCAGACAUUUGGGGGAAACGGGCAUCACUGUUGAGAUUUAUGGCGGCAAACCCAAUCUGGGUAAUCGCUUGGUGAAUCUUGCUGGGCGUCUCAAUGACUUCAUAGACCCCAGCAUCGGAAUCGUCCGGGAUGCAGACAACAGCUCACAGUCGGCCUUCGAUAGUGUUGCCGGCUCGUUGCGAAGGGCCGGGAUGCCAACACCUGAUGGGCCCAUGGCCCUGAUAGAACGGGAUGGCUUGCGGAUUUCGGUGCUUAUCCUCCCUCCCGACGAUGAGCAGGGCGAGUUGGAGAAUGUCUGCCUUCGUUCCGUGGCAGGCUCUCGGGAAUUGGAAUGUGUCGAAGAUUACCUCAACUGCCUGGAGUCCCUGGAACCCGCAAUAGCCGCAAAUCAAAUGGCCAAGGCUAAGCUCCACUCAACUCCUAUCUGGCAAUAG